GGGGUGGCAGGAGGCCAGCCUUUGACGGGAUCAGGUUAGGGCAGGUUUGGUUUCCUUAAAAUGCAAAGUUGGGGGCCAGUGGGGCUAGCAUAUAAAUUCCAACUCUGGGCACCUGGACCUUUGCUUUCCUUCCUGAGUCUCUCUCUGCCCUCUGGUCUGCCUCAGAUCCAAGAUGUCCAGUCCCCUGGAGCAGGCGCUGGCUGUGAUGGUCGCCACCUUCCACAAGUACUCUGGCCAAGAGGGCGACAAGUUCAAGCUGAGUAAGGGGGAGAUGAAGGAACUUCUGCACAAGGAGCUGCCCAGCUUUGUGGGGGAGAAGGUGGAUGAGGAGGGCCUGAAGAAGCUGAUGGGUGAUCUGGAUGAGAACAGUGACCAGCAGGUGGACUUCCAGGAGUAUGCCGUCUUCCUGGCCCUCAUCACGAUCAUGUGCAAUGAUUUCUUCCAGGGCUCCCCAGCGCGGUCCUGAUGCAGAGCUUGUGGCUCCCUGCUAUGGGUCUCUUUGGCCCAGGAGGACUCUCUAUCUUUUUUAGUUUUACUCAAUAAAACUUUUUUUGCUGGUUGACAGUA